AUGAGUUUGUCCGGUCUAUGUUUCCGAUCUUCUUUUAUUCGUAUUCCUCUUGUCCUUUGUAACAUUAAAAAACACUCACCUAAAUUAGUCUAUGUUCCCAGUCGGCUUGCUGGUCAUUCUCACUGGCAAAAUGUUCGACAUACUAAAGAAGCCAAAGAUAAGGAACGUAUGCGCAUCAUAACGAAUUAUCUUCUGCAAAUAGAUGCUGCAAUUAAAGUAAGUGGAGGUAUUCGUGAUCCCAAGCUAAAUAGCAAACUUGCAUCAGUUAUAGCUGAUGCAAAAUCAAAGAAUGUUCCUAUGGAAACCAUUAAUCGACGAAUCAGUGCUCAAGAUAUGGUUGAUCCAUAUGUGAUAGAAAUUCAGGCUCCUGGUGGCAUUUUCGUCCUAGUUGAAACUAGACUUAAAAAUGUCAAAUCGGCUAGAGAUAAAAUUCAAGCACUGGCAAAAAAAUAUGGAUUUAAGGUAUCAAGAUCGAAUCCAGGUUCCCUUGCGAACGAAUUCUUUGAACAUAAAGGGAUUAUUUCAAUCACCCCCCAGAAAUCGGCUGAGAACAUUGAUGGCGUAACAGAGCUGGCAAUUGAAUGCGGUGCCAGUGAUGUGGAAGAAACAGAAAUUGAUGAUGGAGUUCAAGGCUUCGAAGCUUUCGUUGAAGCCGCUCAAAUGGCCCUUUGUCGUGGCUAUCAACUAUUUUGA